AUGAAUAAUUUUCCCUAUUUUUGGCCAUUGACAGGCAAGGAGGGAAUAGACUAGGACUUUGUAUUGUUCUUCCCGCCCGGAGAUGCUCCGAUGUCGCCGGCGAUGGAGAUCAAGCUCUCUCGGGCAAGCCGCGUCUAUCGCCCUUCUGUAGAACCUCUGGAAGGCAAAAUCAUCGUGAAGUCCACCUCCUCAGUCUCUCACUACGGCAUCCGCCUCACCGUCAAUGGAUCCGUCAGCAUGAAGGUGCGUGGAGGAUCGGCGGGGAUCAUCGAGUCCCUCGUUGGUGCCGUUAAGCCUAUCACCAUUGUGAGUAAGAGCAUUGAAGUUAAACCUUCCGGGAAGAUCGCAUCGGGCACAACCGAGAUACCAUUUUCCAUGAUGAUCAGACAGUCGGGAGAUGACAAUCACGAAAGAUUUUAUGAGACAUUUCAUGGAGCUAAUAUCAGUAUCCAGUAUUUGUUAACUGCAGAUGUGAUGAGAGGUUACCUCCAUAAACCCCUCUCCACAACGAUGGAGUUCAUCGUUGAAAGUGAUAAAGCUGAGCUCCUCGAGCGACCGGUUUCUCCUGAGAUGGUCAUUUUCUACAUUACUCAAGAUACUCAGAAACACCCACUACUUCCUGAGCUGAAGGCAGGUGGUUUCCGAGUGACAGGAAGAAUACCCACCCUGUGCUCUCUCUCUGAUCCCAUCAGUGGUGAGCUUGUCGUGGAAACAUCUGUUGUACCAAUACAAUCCAUCGACGUCCAUCUCCUUCGUAUCGAAUCGAUUCUUUCCGGGGAGAGAAUUGUCACCGAGACAUCUCUAGUACAGAGUACACAGAUAGCUGAUGGAGAUGUCUGCCGUAAUAUGACUCUACCCAUAUAUGUUAUUCUCCCUCGUCUUUUAACUUGCCCAACUUCUCUUGCCGGGCCAUUCUCGAUUGAGUUUAAAGCCUCCAUAGUCAUUACUUUUGAGUCGCAGCUAUCCAAGACGCAUCCGAAAUCUGACCCCAGAACUCCUCGACUAUGGAUGGCAAUGGAGACUCUUCCGCUAGAGCUUAUUCGGACAAGAUGAAUUCCUCUUUCAAGUGCUCAUAGGCAAGACCGUGUUGUAGGUCCAUGGACGUGCCUAUCUGAUUCGGACAAGAAUCAUUAUUUCAAAGGCUCCUACACAAGUUCUGUAGUCUUCACAUGCCACUUUUGUCCGUCACAUCUGUGUUCUGCUUUCAUCUCGACGUCACGAGCAAUAGAACAUCUGUACUAUAACUUUUUCCAUGUUCUUCCUCAUAUUUUCCUUCCAAUUUUUUCC